AUGGUUGCAGCCGCAGAGCAAAGCACUUCCAGCAUUGAUGCAGUGAAAUUUUCAAAAGGAGUACCUUGCAAUCGUACAAAAAUUGGUGAUGUUUGUGAUGGUGUUAGCAAUGAGAUUGAAGCCGAAAUUCCUAAGGGUCAGGGAUCUGAUGUUGCAGAGGUAUCGGUAUCGCGUCCGAGAGAACUGCCAAUCUAUAAUAACGAAUGGCAAAAAGAUUCAUUCAACGAGAGUGAUGAUAUAUUUGAAACGAGUCAGCAUUCACAAUUUACAUCUCAGCAAAUUUCAUCCAAACAGCCCUACGAAGCAAAGCACAUCAAGCGUACACGACAACAGUGUUACACGUCGAGCAUGCAGUGCUUCAGUCCCCUCUCACUGAGCGCCCAACUCUCAACAAAUCUGUAG